AGCUCAUUUCAUAAUAUUAAUUAUGUAUAUGUUGAUUAAACAAGCAGAUACCUUUUUGCAUUUGUUUCUACUCGAGUUGCAGUCGUAGAACCUCUACGUUCAAUCGAUUACACAGACUACUAAGGGUUACUACGCAUAUCUACUUAUAAGUUAUACUAUUCAGUCUUUUGAGCACUCGGCAGUGAAUAUUUGGCCAUGACAAGGAUUGUUUGUAUCGAGUGACCUCAAACUUAGGUCAAGACGUUUUAUCUGUUCUUAAUUCUAGUUAGUAACGAAACAUUAAAUAAUUUUUGUGUAGUUUUAUUACUCAGUGCGUAAUUGAUAAAGAUGAAAUAUAAAUUAAGGUGCAUUAUUGUAACCGUGUAUUUAUUUAGUCAGAGUAUAGGUUUAGAGUACAAUAAACAACGAUAUACUCAAAACACCGAUUUUUUACUCCAUGAAGCUGGAAUAAACCCGAAUACUCCCAAAAAAGAAAAUGUAGCUCCAUCUAAUUUUGGAAAUAAUAGAGCACCACCGAAUUCGGAUACGCUUAAGUCAGAUUUCCCUCCGUUAGGACCAACACCUUCUUUGCAUAUUCCUAAAGCAUCACAAAAUACCAGAACUACUCAAACGUCAGCGAAACGAGAUUAUGUAGCGCCUAAUUAUCCAUCAAUUCAAACACCAAAAACUACACAACCUGCACAACCAUCUCAUAAUCCACAAUCUUCUGGAAAUCGGAAUAAUGUGGCAACUGGUCUUCCUACUCUUCAGCCUGCAGCCUCCUCCCAAGGCAAACUUAAUUCUUAUUCCAAUCCAAAGCCUACUCAAAUGACACAGCCAGCUGGGAAACGAGACUACGUAAAUCCAAAUAUACCAUCUAAUAAUCCAAAUACAGAACAAGGAAAAGUAAAACAUCUUGUAAAUUUUUACGAUGGUAAGAGUCAACCUAAUAACCCUCAAAAAACCCCGAGCUAUAGUUCUAUUCUGCAAGGUGCUAUGAAUAAUCAAGGUAGUUCAAUUAGUCAACCGCCAACUCCCACAGUUCAAACUCAAACACAUAAGCCCCUAAGUUACAGUGAAGUUAUCUCGGGAUCUAAUUCUAAUCGUAAUACAGCUACGUCUAUCAAAACAACAGUUAAACCAUUUAGUAAGGUGACCUCCACACCAAUGAGACCUACAAACCCAACGCACCCCGCUACUCGACGACCUCUUGUUCCGCCAAGUUCAGUUCUUAAUAAUAAUCACGGAAAUAACGCCGUCAACAACAGAAAUAGUGUCACUGAAACUGAAUUACAAACUCUUAGUGAAGAAUUGUUAAGAAAGGAUACUAAUAACGCUGCUCGAUACAUCACAAUUAAUUAUCAAGGAAAGACAACAUCACAAUCAUUAGAAGACAAAGCUCCGUUGCCAUUGCUAACAGUGUCUCAAGAAGCAUGGAAUAUUCCAACAAUACAAACUUUUGUGGCGUUAUUAGAUAAUUACGAAAGAGACACACUCGUAAAUGAAUAUGUAACACCACAAGAAAGGAUUGAAGAAAAUUCAUUUAUGGAUGCAAUCAUGUCAACUACGGUAAUACGUCACCUCAUGAACUUUUUCAAAGAGAAAGGUUACGUUACACCAGACCCAAAACAACAGAGGGAUUUCUUAAAGCAGCUGUGGUUUACUCUAUACUCACGAGGAAAAGGAAAAAUAAGCAGUUCUGGCUUUGAACACAGUUUUGUAUCAGAACUUAAAAAUGGAGAAGUAUCAGGAUUACAUAACUGGAUAUAUUUCUCAAAAGAGGAACAAGCCAACCGCCUAAACUAUUUAGGUUAUCUGAAAUACGAAGAAUUUAAUGGUAAAGGUGCCGUAAUGAAAUUACAUUUUAAUCAGCAAGGAGUGGAUAAGCCCGUUGACUCACUCUUCAUCGGCACUUCACCGGAAUUGGAAAUUGCAUUAUAUACAUUAUGUUACGUGACUCGAGUUGAUAAUGAUUGCCGGCUCAAAUUAUCUGGCAAAGAUGUUAAUAUUAUAACAUACAAUUUCCGCUAUCGUAGUAAAAAUCUUAUCGGUAGUGCUUAUCCACAAAUAUGAAUGUUAUUUUUAUAUGUGAAAAAUAUAAUAUUUUAUACUCUUCUCGUUUUAUUGUUUAGCGAAAUAAGUACUAUUUGAUUAAUGCACAAUGAUUUUUAAGUUACAGAAUUACAAAUAAUAAAAUUAGAA